CACCCAAUCGUGCUCCCCUCUGCUUCCCUCUCUCAGUAUUUCUUUCUACUUGCAGCCCUUUCUCUCUCUCUCUCUCUCUCGCUCUCUCUAACAGAUUCAGUCGAUCGAACGGCCGCCCAUCACCGCCCAUGACUCUGAUGACGUCUCCACCAUUAGAUCAGGAGGACGAUGAGAUGUUGGUCCCACACAAUGACUUCGUUGAAGGUCCUCAGCCAAUGGAAGCGGCAGAAGCUGCAAGUACGGUAGAUGCGCAGGCAGUGGAUGAUCCGCCAUCGGGAAGGUUUACGUGGACAAUUGAGAAUUUCUCAAGGCUUAAUACUAAGAAGCUCUACUCUGAUAUCUUCUUUGUUGGAGGCUACAAAUGGCGGAUACUUGUUUUCCCCAAGGGUAACAAUGUGGAUCAUUUGUCAAUGUAUCUUGAUGUUGCGGAUUCAGCAACUUUACCUUACGGAUGGAGUAGAUAUGCACAGUUCAGCCUAGCUGUCGUCAACCAAAUUCAUAACAAAUAUACAGUUAGAAAAGAUACACAGCAUCAGUUUAAUUCGCGUGAAAGUGAUUGGGGCUUCACUUCGUUCAUGCCUCUUGGUGAAUUAUAUGACCCUAGUAGAGGUUUUCUUGUGAAUGACACAUGCAUAGUAGAAGCUGAUGUUGCUGCCCGUAGGGUUGAUGAUUAUUGGUUACAUGACUCGAAAAAGGAGACUGGUUAUGUUGGACUCAAGAAUCAGGGAGCCACCUGCUACAUGAACUCUCUCUUGCAAACACUCUAUCAUAUUCCCUACUUUAGAAAGGCUGUGUAUCAUAUGCCAACCACUGAAAACGACAUGCCCUCAGGGAGCAUUCCUUUGGCUUUGCAGAGUCUAUUUUAUAAGCUUCAGUAUAGUGACACUAGUGUGGCUACCAAGGAGUUGACGAAAUCUUUUGGAUGGGAUACAUAUGAUUCUUUCAUGCAGCAUGAUGUUCAGGAACUUAACAGGGUUCUUUGUGAAAAGCUUGAAGACAAAAUGAAGGGAACAGUUGUGGAGGGUACAAUACAGCAGUUGUUUGAAGGGCAUCAUAUGAAUUAUAUUGAAUGCAUCAAUGUGGACUACAAGUCAACGAGAAAGGAAUCAUUUUAUGAUCUUCAGCUUGAUGUCAAAGGCUGUAAGGAUGUCUAUGCUUCUUUUGACAAAUAUGUUGAAGUGGAGCGUCUUGAGGGUGACAAUAGGUAUCAUGCCGAACAGUAUGGUUUACAGGAUGCUAGGAAAGGUGUUCUCUUCAUGGACUUUCCUCCUGUCCUUCAACUUCAGUUAAAACGUUUUGAGUAUGAUUUCAUGCGGGAUACUAUGGUAAAGAUAAAUGAUCGCUAUGAGUUCCCCUUGCAACUUGAUCUAGAUAGGGAGAAUGGCAAGUAUUUAUCACCUGAGGCAGAUAGAAGUGUUCGCAACCUUUAUACUCUUCACAGUGUUUUGGUUCACAGUGGUGGGGUGCAUGGUGGACACUACUAUGCUUAUAUCAGGCCAACCCUGUCAGAUCAGUGGUUUAAGUUUGAUGAUGAACGAGUGACAAAAGAAGACAUGAAAAGGGCAUUGGAGGAGCAAUAUGGUGGUGAAGAAGAGUUACCACAGACAAAUCCUGGGUUCAACAACACCCCAUUUAAAUUUACCAAAUAUUCAAAUGCAUAUAUGCUUGUGUAUAUACGAGAAAGUGACAAAGACAAAAUAAUCUGUAAUGUGGAUGAGAAGGACAUUGCUGAACACCUGAGAAUAAGAUUGAAGAAAGAGCAAGAAGAAAAGGAGCAAAAGAGAAAGGAAAAAGCAGAGGCACAUCUCUAUACUGUUAUAAAGGUUGCACGUGAUGAGGACCUAGUUAAACAGAUUGGAAGGGAUAUAUACUUUGAUCUUGUGGAUCAUGAGAAAGUCCGUAGCUUUCGUAUUCAGAAACAGACGCCUUUUAAUGUUUUCAAGGAAGAAGUUGCUAAAGAGUUUGGUGUUCCUGUGCAAUAUCAACGUUUUUGGUUGUGGGCAAAGCGUCAAAACCAUACAUACCGUCCAAAUCGACCAUUAACCCCUCAGGAGGAAGCACAGUUAGUUGGACAACUGAGAGAGGUUUCAAAUAAGGCAAAUAAUGCAGAGCUGAAGUUGUUCCUGGAAGUGGAGCUUGGGCAGGAUUUGCGGCCAGUUCCUCCACCUGAGAGGACUAAAGAAGAUAUUCUUCUUUUCUUUAAACACUAUGACUGUAUUAACGAGGAGCUCCGUUAUGUCGGGAGGAUGUAUGUGAGGAGUGCUGGCAAGCCAAUGGAAAUACUAGCAAGGAUCAACAAAAUGGCUGGCUUUGGUCCUGAUGAAGAGAUUGAACUUUAUGAGGAAAUAAAAUUUGACCCCAAUGUCAUGUGCGAACACAUUGACAAGAAGCUCACAUUCCGUACCAGUCAGCUUGAGGAUGGGGAUAUUUUAUGCUUCCAAAAUCCAUCUGAAAUUGGAAGCGAACAAUGCCGUAAUCCUGAUGUUCCUUCAUUUCUGGAGUAUGUGCAUAACCGUCAGGUUGUUCGGUUUCGAUCUUUAGAAAAGCCAAAGGAGGAUGAAUUUACUCUUGAGUUGUCAAAGCUUCACAAUUAUGAUGAUGUUGUUGAAAGGGUCGCUCAACAUCUUGGCUUGGAUGAUCCUUCCAAAAUUAGGCUUACAUCCCAUAACUGUUAUUCCCAGCAACCUAAACCCCAACCUAUCAAGUACCGAGGAGUGGAACACCUGUUGGACAUGCUGGUUCACUACAAUCAGACUUCUGAUAUUCUGUAUUAUGAAGUAUUGGAUAUCCCUUUGCCAGAACUCCAAGGCCUCAAAACAUUGAAAGUUGCGUUUCAUCAUGCUACCAAAGAUGAAGUAGUGAUUCACACUAUUAGAUUGCCAAAGCAGAGCACUGUAGGGGAUGUUCUUGAUGACCUCAAGACAAAGGUGGAGUUGUCUCACCCCAAUGCCGAACUUAGAUUACUUGAGGUUUUCUAUCACAAGAUAUACAAGAUCUUCCCUCUGAGUGAUAAGAUAGAGAAUAUAAAUGAUCAAUAUUGGACACUACGUGCAGAGGAGGUACCAGAAGAGGAGAAAAACCUUGGUCCUCAUGAUCGCUUGAUUCAUGUAUAUCAUUUUAUGAAAGACACAGCACAAAACCAACAGGUACAGAAUUUUGGGGAGCCAUUUUUCCUUGUUAUUCAUGAGGAUGAAACAUUGGCUGAAGUCAAAGUGCGAAUUCAGAAAAAAUUGCAGGUUCCAGAUGAAGAAUUCACGAAGUGGAGGUUUGCAUUUUUAUCACUGGGUCGUCCUGAUUAUCUUCAGGACUCGGAUGUUGUGUCUACUCGUUUUCAGAGAAGGGAUGUAUAUGGCGCCUGGGAACAGUAUCUUGGACUGGAACACUCUGACAAUGCCCCUAAGAGGUCAUAUACAGCAAAUCAGAAUCGUCAUACAUUUGAGAAGCCCGUAAAAAUCUACAAUUAGAUAAAAAAGAUGAGCGACAACAAACUUAUCGGGUGAAAUCCGUCCCAGAUGGUAUAUGCAGGUUUGUGUAAUAAGCGGAGAAGCCAGAAGGGGGCUCAUUGUUGGGUACUGCAAGAGCUGGUACAGAGUAAAGAAGAUGUGAUUCUUUCAGCGGUAAGGGAGGAUGUGAACCUAGAAACUAUGCAUGUUUUCCCGAUAGUUUGGAACCGUUUGGCACCCGUGACUGGGGUGACUUAGGUAGCGUGUCAUGUUAAAUUCCGUUGUAAUUGACUACACAAGAUUUUGUUUUGGGUUUUGGUAUGAAAUUUUCUUUUGGGGAGGGGAGGGGGUAGUGGGGGAUUGUAUAGAAAGCAUAGCGUGGUAGAGGAUUUAUAUCUUUUUUGUUUCUCGUCUCAAAGAUUCAUAAUUCGUGGUUUACUGGUUUUCCAUAGAUGCCCAAAGAGCACGAGGCGCCUGUAUAUGUUGUCACUGUUUCUGGGGCUCCAUCUUGUGUAAUAUCAUCAUCAUUAUCAUCAUCAUCAUCAUCAUCUGCUCAACUUGUUUGUGUUCCUUCUUAAUUAGUGAAAGGAAAAAGUAUGGUACACAGUUUACCAUCAUCAAAUUAGUAUUUUCAGCCAUUGUAUUGUGAAUGCUUUAAACUAAGUGCCCCAUUGACAUUGCGUUUGGAGCUUUGGAGUGAAUUUUGAUUAAAAA